GGAACUGCUCUAAUGGGAACCAGCGGCCGGGCGCUCCGGGAGGGCUGCGGGAUUCCUGCGCAGGUCUCAGGGGGCCAUGCACUGCGCGCGCCCAGCCGGGGGCCACUCGCGGCGGCCGCAGCCGGGCCCGGCCUCCCCGCGAAGCUCCACGGACGCCCUGAGGCACGGCUGCAGAAUCCGGGCUCUGCGCGCGAUUGCCCACACGGAGGGCGGGCUAGGGGCUGACGCGGUCGCGCCCUCCAGCAGGGGGACCGCCCCCAAAGGGCCCAAACCCUUCCAUACUUCGUGCUCCCUCCUGGGGACGGGGGCGGCGGGAGUGGCAGAGAGCAGAACCCAGAGGCGCAGCCCGGCUGCCCGGGGUGGGGUGUCCGCACGUGGAGCCGUCGCUGGCGCGAGCGCCAGAGGUCAAGCCCCAGAGGACGCCGCGGGGAGGCUGCAGGAGCGUGGGGUGGGGCCUGGGGCGCAGCCCGAGAAGUGGGAGGGGAUAGGUUGAGGGGUGGUCUCUGAGGAGGAGCCAGGCUGGACCGCAUUGUUCCGCACUCCGUCGCCUGGUGCGCGCGGCGCUGGCCGGGGCGGGCGCGCUGGGCUCUGGGUGCUCAGCUUCCCGGAUUCCUCUCCCGGCCCCCGGGCCCCGGCCUCGCCGCUGCCCUGCUCGCCUGGGGUGGGGGUGGGGGUGGGGGUGGGGGUGGCGUGCGGGUCUUCCGAGGCGGUGCGGAGAAGGGGAUCCCUCUGCCCCGCGCUCCUGAGACUGCCCCAUCGCGGGGUGGGGGUCACGAGUUGGCCGCUUCCGCCCGGUGAACCGAUCCGGAGGCGGGUGGGCCGUGGGAAACCAGGGUCAGUGACCCCGGCCGCGCCACAAGCGCCCGAAAGAGUGGGGUGCCUGGGUCCCCAGUGAUGGCCGCCGGCCGCCGCCGCCGCGCGGAGCGGUUGCGCGGACAUUGGGGUGCCCCUCCCUAGCGGGGCUCAGCUCCUCCGCGACCCCGGCCCGGCCGGCAGGAUGGGGGGCGGCGGGUCAGCCCUGAGGGUCUGUGCCGACCACCACGGGGGGAUCAACUGGCUGAGCCUGAGCCCCGACGGGCAGCGACUGCUGACGGGCAGCGAGGACGGCACUGCCCGGCUCUGGAGCACCGCCGACGGCCAGUGCUGCGCGCUCCUGCAAGGACAUGAGAGCUACGUCACCUUCUGUCAGCUGGAGGACGAAGCCGCCUUCACGUGCAGCGCCGACUGCACCAUCCGGAGAUGGGACGUGCUCACCGGGCAGUGUGUGCAGGUGUACCGAGGACACACAUCCAUUGUGAACAGGAUCCUGGUGGCCAACAACCAGCUCUUCAGCAGCUCCUACGACCGCACAGCUCGCGUCUGGACGGUGGACAAGGGGCAGAUGUCCCGGGAGUUCCGGGGCCACCGCAACUGCGUGCUGACGCUGGCCUACUCUGCCCCCUGGGACCUCCCGGAAGCUCCCUGUGCAGAGGAGGCGGCCACGGCGGCCGGCGGGCUCCUGGUGACCGGCAGCACAGACGGCACGGCCAAGGUGUGGCAGGUGGCCAGUGGCUGCUGCCACCAGACGCUGCGGGGCCACACGGGCGCCGUGCUGUGCCUGGUGCUGGACACGCCCGGCUACACGGCUUUCACCGGCAGCACCGACGCCACCGUCCGCGCCUGGGACAUCCGGAGCGGGGAGCAGCUGCGGGUGUUCCGGGAGCACCAGGGCUCCGUCAUCUGUCUGCAGCUCGUGGACCGCCUGGUGUACUCGGGCAGCGCCGACAGGACCGUCAAGUGCUGGCAGGCCGACACGGGCGAGCACCUGCGCACCUUCUCCGCCCACAGACGGAACGUGAGCGCCCUCAAGUACCACGCGGGCACGUUGUUCACGGGCAGCGGGGACGCCUGCGCCCGGGCCUUCGACGCCCAGACCGGAGAGCUGCAGAGGGUGUUCCGGGGCCACGCUUUCGUUAUCAACUGCAUCCAGUCUCAGCUUCCUUAACGGGACAAAGGUCCAGAAACCCAGGGGUGGCUGGGCUCCUGGCCUGGGCAGCCUCUCCUCCUGGGGAGGUCAGGAUGGUCCCCCGAGUCACUCGUGCAAGGGGAAAGAACACCUGUUCUUUAGUCUGCUGGAGGACAGCGAGGACCCCGGCUUUGGCGCACCCAUCAUCGUCCUGCCUGGUGCUGGAGGGCCUCCGCUUUCGGGGUCUGGAGUAGGACAGACAACAGCCGGCUGGCGUCUUGUAGAGGAGCCAGAGCGGUGCCCAGCGUAGUCACGGCACACGGCACAAGCGCGCGUGCGCACACACCCCACUGGGGAGAGCCCUCCCAGGUGGAAGCGAGUGGGGCUUGGGCUGAGCAGGCCCUGAGGGAGGCUCCUGCCGCGCCCAUCAUAGCGCCUGAAGGGGCGCUCUCCAGGUCCUUGGCGCUGCUGCCAGCAUUCACAAUACCCCGUGCCCGGCCCUGGCUCACCCGCGGUGCAGGGAGAGAAGCUGCAGCCGACGGCAGUGCACCGUUAGCGACAGGUCUCCUGUGCAGAGCAAGCCUUGAUGCAGACAAGUGUGCAGUUCGUGGUCUCAAUGCAAGAGGUGUUUCUCACCGCAAGGUCCCACCGUUCUGGGAUGCUCAGGCCCUGGGCGAACAGGUUCAGAUCGCGGAAGAAGAUGCAUACAUUUGUGACUGUGCUGCAGGCCGACUCUCAAAACCCUGGGAGCCCAAGCGGUCCCCCAGGAAAUCAAGCUGUUAGUAGCAAGCAGAGUCUGGGAGGAGCCUGCAGAAAUGGGACACACACUCUUGUCCAGUGGGCUUUAGCACAGAGACCUGUGGGCAGCUCCUCCCCAGGCCAGCGGCUGCAGGGAGCAACACGCCCACCAGAAGGUGGAGGGAGCCAAGGGGUCUGCCUGUGGCUACCCCCCGUGACGAGUCCUGGGACCAUCCUGAAGUUCCCGUUCACAGACCCUGCUGGCUGAUGCUGGCAGGUGACCUGCGUUCUCACCCCAGCAGCUCUGGCUCCUCCCCCAUCCAGCUGCCCAGAGGGACAAACCAGCUGGGCGUGGGUCCUAGGGCCCGGGCUGCUGCACGUGUUCUGAGCCCCCCUGCUCCCCCCACCCCCCAAAGAGGAAUAAAUAAAACACUAUUUUGCAUCCAGACA